CAGGACGAAGAAGACGCGUCGUUUUAAAGAUGGCGGAUGUUAUCGACGCUGCGGACAGCUUGGUGUAACGGUUUACCGACUUAUAACCCCACGGAGAGUUCCGCCGCCGCUGGCGUCAUGAGGCGCGGGUUACUGCGCACUUUUUCCGGAUGCCUCGUGUGAACCGGACGGUUGUUUUGUCCCUGCUGAUCGUGAGCAGCUGCGUGUUCUUGCUAUUCCAGCUCUAUUACUACCGGAACUACGUCACCAGGUCUGGUCCUCAUAUCCUGAGCCAAACGGGUCACCUGACCGCCAGUGACAUCCAAUGGCAGACAGUGAAGAAGUUCCUGGCCCUCGCACAGCAUUUCAGGCUGCCGCUGUUUCUCGCUGACACUGCAGCACUCACCUUACUCUCCCAGGAUGCUUUGCGGCAGCGUGAUAGACAGACACGUGAGCCACACUGCAGCUUCCUGUGCACUGACCGGCCAAUCACGUCAUUUGCGUUGCAGGCCAACCUAUGGAAGCACAAUGCCAACUUCCUGUUGGCUGCUGAGCAGAAAGGCUUUGAGCUGCUGCAGGUGCGAGGAGAGGAUCCACGUUUAGCCAGUUUAGACACCCUAUCAGGGGAAGAGAUCCCGCUGCACUUCCUGUUCCGCCUCCAUGGUUACAUCAUCCAUGUGGUGUUCCUGUACGAGCGCAGUGGCAACUACCUGUGGCAUGGAGCGCUACGGCUAAAAGCUAACAUGGACCGAAGCUUUGCUCCGUUCAAACUGCUGGACUACGGACGCCACACUGGAGCUUAUGACAGGCCAAAGCUGGUCUUGACAGUCCUGGAUGGUCUUGACAUUCGAAUCCCACACAACAUCACUCGCUUCCUGUCUGAGCAGCGGCAUGCCCACUUCCUGGAGUGCCGUUACCGUGAAGCCCGCACCUUCCUCCAGCUUUACCCAGAGGACUCAUCUCCAGCGGCAGUGGAUUUUCGCAGAAAUGCAAAGUCGUUGCUUCAUAUCGCUGCUCGGACUCUUGCUGGCCUUGACAUUCCCUUCUGGCUCAGCAGUGGCACUUGUCUGGGCUGGUUCAGGCAGUGCAGUGUCAUCUCAUACAGCCGUGAUGUGGACAUUGGGAUCUUCAUUGUGGACUUCAAGUCUGACAUCGUUGCAGCGUUCAAAAAAGCCGGACUGUUACUCAAGCACAAGUUUGGAAAGGCAGACGACAGUCUGGAAUUGUCAUUUGUGAGUGGAGACGUCAAACUGGACAUUUUCUUUUUCUAUGAAGAGGGAGACAUCGUGUGGAACGGUGGAACGCAGGCAAAGAGUGGCAGGAAGUUCAAGUACAUCUUCCCUCGCUUCUCACUCUGCUGGACGGAGCUUCUGGAGCUCAAGGUUCGCGUUCCGUGUGAAACACUGGAUUAUGUGACGGCAAACUACGGCACCACCUGGAGCAUUCCUGUGAGGAGCUGGGACUGGAAGUCCUCACCAAGCAAUGUGCAAGAAAACGGGGUGUGGCCUCCAGCUGAGUGGGAGGAGCUUAUCCAAGUUUACUGACAUGAGGUGGAAAAUAAGAUCAACAAUAAAAAUACAACAGAAAGUGGAA